UCUUAUAUUACCUCGAAAUUCAGUAUUUUCUUUACAGAUUUGAAACUCUUUACUGAAUCACACUCCUAAUAUUUUCUCUCUCCCUCUCUCUCUAUAUAUACAGUGAUUCCUCACCUGAUAUAGUUGUAGUAUUCGUUUUUGAGGCAAAAUGGAGAAAUAUGAGGUGGUCAAAGAUCUGGGAGCCGGUAAUUUUGGGGUUGCUCGACUCCUCAGACACAAGGAGACCAAGGAGCUUGUUGCUAUGAAAUAUAUUGAGAGAGGUCACAAGAUAGAUGAGAAUGUGGCAAGAGAGAUUAUCAAUCACAGAUCUCUUAGACACCCCAAUAUAAUCCGGUUCAAGGAGGUGGUUUUGACGCCUACCCAUUUAGCGAUUGUGAUGGAGUAUGCUGCUGGUGGUGAGCUCUUUGAACGGAUUUGCAGUGCUGGUAGAUUCAGUGAAGAUGAGGCUAGAUAUUUCUUUCAGCAGUUGAUCUCAGGUGUCAAUUACUGUCACUCUAUGCAAAUAUGCCAUAGAGAUUUGAAGUUAGAGAAUACACUUUUGGAUGGAAGUCCUGCACCACGCUUGAAAAUCUGCGAUUUUGGUUACUCCAAGUCUUCUCUGUUGCAUUCGAGACCCAAAUCAACAGUUGGAACUCCAGCAUAUAUAGCACCAGAGGUUCUAUCGCGACGAGAAUAUGAUGGAAAGUUGGCAGAUGUAUGGUCCUGUGGAGUUACCCUUUAUGUUAUGCUGGUGGGAGCAUACCCUUUUGAAGAUCAACAGGACCCUAGGAAUUUUCGGAAAACAAUUCAGAGAAUAAUGGCUGUUCAGUACAACAUUCCAGACUAUGUUCAUAUAUCUCAAGAUUGCAGGAACCUCCUCUCUCGACUAUUUGUUGCACAUCCAUCCAGGAGGAUUACACUUAAAGAAAUAAAAAACCAUCCUUGGUUUUUGAAGAACUUGCCAAGAGAGUUAACAGACACAGCACAAGCUGCGUAUUACCGGAGCGGUAUUCCAAAUCCGAUAAGCAAUCAAACUGUUGUGAUAAUAGUCUUGUCUUUAUGGAUUUAA